AUGAUUGUUUCAAGUCCUUUCAAAGUUGAUGUUCCUAUUGUUAAUUUGGCUACAUUUUGUGUCGAAAAUUUUAAAACGAAUUUAAAUGCCAUUGCUGCAAAGGACUUAGAGACCGGUCAUUCUCAAACUUAUGAAGAAGUUAUUAUAAGAUCGCACAAUUUGGUGAGCUGGCUAACAUGUCUGGGGUUGAGGAGGAAAGAUUAUGUCGCGGUUGUUCUGCCGAAUUGCAUUGAAUUCCAAAUAAUUAUUUUAGCUUGCCUCUCAGCUGGCAUUGUUUUGGUUCCGAUAAACCACCUUAGCACUGCUGACGAGCUUGUUCAUUACUUCGAUCUUGUACCAUGCAGUUUGAUCAUCACGUCGGAUGAAUUGUAUUCAAAAGUGCAAAGGGCUAUAGCAAUGCAAUGUAAACCUACUAUAAAAAAAAUGAUCGUUAAAAACAACAGUGAAGGUUGCGUUUCACUUGAAGAAUGCCUUUCAAAUUUUAGAAAAAUUGAAUCUAGUGAGGUCGUCGUUGAUGAGAAGGAAAGAGAAUCAUUUGAUCCGUUGAAUGACAUCGCUGUCGUUUUGUUUUCCAGUGGUACAACUGGUUUAUCUAAAGGAGUUAUGGUGACUCACCACGGUUAUGUUUCGUCUAUAUGUCAAAUGAGCCACCCUGCAUACGAAUGCAUUGAAGGUAGCAAACAUUUGAUACUGUACCAACCCAUGUCACAUGGGUACGGAUUCAUUCGAAUGUUGUUUAGUCUGGCCAGAUGUAAAACUACAUUAAUGUUACCGAAAUUUAAUUUACAUUCCUUCCUACAAGCUGUUGAAACUUAUAAAGUUAAAACAAUUUUUUUAGUUCCAUCCGUGGCGGUCAUGCUUUGCAAGAAUGAAACAUCAAAUUAUUACAAUUUGGAAUGUUUAAAGUUUAUAUACAGUUCUGCUGCACCGAUGGGCCAGAAUUUGGAAAAUAAACUAAAGUCACUAUUCCAAAAAAAUGACAUAAAAAUGAUUCAAGGUUAUGGAAUGACUGAAUGUACCACUGUCAGUCAAACUCCGGAUCCAUUUUUCUCUCCUGGAAAAAAUAUUUCUUCUGGAUGUGUUGGCUUGUUGUACGCUAACACUGAAGCCAAGGCUAAUGUGGUCUCGUGGCCGAGUGAUUAUCGUGUCCGUCUACCGCUCCCACGACCCGGGUACGAAUUUUACAGUUUCUACAGGCUCAUUCGGGUAGCCGACCCCCGGCCAACCCAACUGUCCAUCCUUUCAAGGAUAAACAACCUUUGUGGCGAAGAUGGCUGCUUCAAAUCAAUGGAUGAAGAUAUGAAGAACAUAAUAAAAGAUAUACAGAUAUAUAUCUGUAACAUUACCAUUCAGAUGAGGCCGAAUUUCGGAAAGAUCAGAAUUCGAACAGGCCGGAUAGUAAAGCCGGGAACGAAUGAAGAUUUGAGUGCUUACGAGGAAGGAGAGAUAUUGGUGAGGGGAGGUCAGGUCAUGCGCGGCUACUUCAACAACGUCGAAGCUACGAGGGACGCCAUUGACGAGCAUGGUUUCCUGCAUACAGGGGAUCUUGGUUACUACGACGAGAACGGAUUCAUUUUCAUAAAGGAUAGAUUGAAAGAACUCAUCAAACACAAAGGGUUCCAGGUAGCUCCAGCGGAACUUGAAUCAAUUUUGAUGGGGCACGAGGACGUUGCGGAUGUUGCGGUCGUUGGCCUUCCAGAUGAUUUCAGUGGUCAGUGCCCUCAAGCUUGGAUCGUUAAAAAAGAAAAUGCGAAAUGUUCGGAAGCGGACAUCAUAAACUGGCUGUCAGUUAACACUGUCCAUUUUGCCAUUUAUUUUAAUUCAAAAAUAAUUGAACACUUCAUAUUUGUUAUGUAUUUAUGGAUAUCACUGAGUCAACCAAGCAACUUGAGGUCAAGAAUAAGUCAGAUUACUUUGUGUAGAUGCCUCUCGACCGAGUUUCUCCUCACAAGAGACUUUCAGGUGGAGUGA